UCGAACCAACAGCCACGUCGAACCCGGAGUGGUGGUCCAGGACUCUCGUAAUAUCAGCAUCUCGCGAUUUCGGAUAAAAUUCACCGUGUAUGAAACUCCGCAACACGAUAUCAUCGUUACCUGGAUUAUAGAUCGUCACGUUCCCCUCGUUCUUCCAACGACGGUCACGCUCUCGAUUGCAAUUUUCUUACACUUAAUUUGAUUUUUGUUUUUUUUUCCAUUUUUUAUAUUCUUUCCACUAAUUCGUUCUCUUCUCUCCAACGAGCAUAAAGAAGUUUUUUGACGCCGAUGCGACCAGUUAUUUUCACUCUCAACGUGGCGAUGGUCCCGCGUCGUUGACACGAGCGUUGAAUCAUCUUCCUCGAAGUUGUCCCCCGCAGGAAUCAACCGUGAUCGAAGUUGAAGCGCGUUGAAUUUCGCGCGCUGACGUUAGAAGUGCAUGAGUUCUUCGUCGACAGUUGUUUGAAAAUCUAAAUUUUCGUUCACAGCCGCACGCAAGAAUAUACAACAGGGAUGACGUUUCGUCGCAAGUGAUAAGUUUUUCUUUCCGUUUUUCUCCAUCGAAGAAAAUCACGAAAUCAAAAAUUGCAACGUGACGAAUUUCGUCGGACGAUGCGUCGCGAGGACCACGAUUACUCUCGUCACGUGACCACGUUCAUCGCUCGUAAAUAAUAGUGCAAGUGCAUCAACGCUGACGUUUUACAUUGCCGCACGUUAGUCGAAUAAAGUACAUGCGAUUGAAAGAUGUGCGACGAAUAAGGAUUAAGACAGAAAAUACGACGAACGAUUUUUAUCGAUGAAAAAACCCAGGUGAAUAAUGCGAUAUGUUUUUUUUCCCCUUAUGAGCGAGCGGAGGAUCCGUUUUACCGAGUGAAUAAAUUGCUGACGUAAAAUAAAUAAGCAUCAAUCCCUUUUCGCGUAUCUUCUUCGUUAUCAUCUCGUUACAGUGAAUGUAUGAGAUUAUCACCGCCGGAUCGGAAGAUCGUAAACAUUCGGCGCGUUCGGUGUUCCAAAAAUAUUCUUCGCCGUUGUGCGAAAGGUGUGCCCCGCCAACACACCCCCGAAACCAGCUUUCACCCACAACAGCGUCGAUGAGCGAGGGAUAACUUUGAAAGGAUAAUAAAAUUUUCUUCCUACCAUCUGCCGAACUUAAAUUUAAUUACGAAGGUGUACUCCGCUACGUUUUCAAGGUCGCACAGCAGAAGAUACCGCAGGACAUCGUAAUCUUUUUCACCCUCGUCAAUUAUCAACGUGAGCAAAAAAUUAUCCGGGAACGAGAGAUGAUGUGUAAAAUAAAGGAGGCCUCGAUGAUCGAGUGAAAUCUUAUCGCGCUUUCGACACACGUCACGCGUGUCCACUUUCUUCGUUGAAUUUUGUUUCUGUAUUUCUUUGCUUUGAGGGUAUCGCCGAGGUCCGUGGAACUCGAUAACUCGGUAACUUUUUAAAAGUUUUUUCGCACGAGAAGGAUCGGUGGCUUUAUUCGGCCGUUGUGUCUUCGUUUCUUUUUCUUUUUCUUUUUUAUUGUUGAAAAAAUUCUUUUUUCCUCUCUCAAGUGAGUGCAGAUGUUUUUUUCGUCACAUUCGUGAAACGCGCGCUCUUCGAGCACCGGCAAUCGUUUAUUUUCACAUUUGAAUCGUGUGCGAUGUAACAUCCAUCGGGUGAAAAAAAAUUGACAUGAUAAUAGUGUCGGGGACCGGCUGUCGUUAUGCCAAAAUUGGUGAAAAUGAAAAAACAAAGCAAGUAUCCCAAGGUCGGAUUAUUCUUCAAGAUACUAAAGGCCGGCGCUUUCUACGUUUAUCGCAACUUUAAACACGCGAUAAAAAACGAGAUUGUGUUUCUGUGACAAAACUGAAAUGAAAUAAAAUUGAAUAAAACAAAAAAAAAACGAAAAAAAUAGGUUACUUGAAAAAAAGAAAUUGAUUAAAACUUCACGAAUAGAAACUCGUGAUAAACCGCGUGUGAAUGAAAACAGGUGAAUCGAUUGUUGGAAAAUAAAAAUCAGUGAAAGAAAAAUCUAAAAAAAAAAAAAACAUAUAUCGCUGUGAAAAAGCCGAUUUACGUACGGGAUCGAUCGGAUGGUCGAUGAAUAAAGAUAACGAGCGUAAAAUUCAUCAAGUUUCAUAUCAAGGGGUGAAAGAGAAGAUCCUCGGUGAUAUCCGGCUGCCGUGAUAAAUUUGUCCGAAUUAGUAUCUCGGUUGAGGAAUUAGAGAUCCUGAGGAAACUGUAGACGUUAAUAUAAAGUGGGCAUGCAGAUGUACGUCGGCGUCGCGACGUUUGCCCGUUCUUGGUCGGUGGGCGAACCUAAUUUUCGCUUAAACCGCUAUCUGGGAUUUCGCCAAGCAAACUGUGCCACCCUCUUUACCGUCCCUCACCGGCAUGGGCAUCUCGCGACCGACUAAACUUUGGCUAUUUGCCUUUCAAAACGCUGACUUGAUAAUGUACCGCACCACCCGCCUAACUUUUAGCUACAAACUAUCCGCCGCCUGUUUUUGACGGUCCCGCCCCGAAGGAGAAGAAAGAAAGAGAAAAAAACAAAAACGUGCAUAAAAAAAAAAAAAUACAGUGUAAAUGGAUUAUCAGCCAGGAACUAGCGCAUGAGCUUCCGAGGAUAUAAAUUCAGGUUUGGAAGCCGACGUGACACGUGUAGGGGAAAUAAAGAACCUGAAACAAAUAAAAUGUCGGUAUUCCGGGCGCUCCCGUGGCGCAUGUUGUCCAGCAGUUAAUCGAUAAUCGAUAAUGAUAAUAGAAAACAUGAACGUGUUAAUGAGGAGGUGCAAUUCCUGCCUGGUCUGGAUGUUUUAUUUGCUAAUAUUUUUCACUCUGUUUUUAAUAUCGAGUGGCGAAUUGAGCUCGCGCAUAGUAAGGACAAAGUACGGCGAGCUUUCGGGAGUGAUUGUGACCUUGGAACGUUAUCUCGAAAGCGUUGAGGUUUUCAGGGGGGUGCCGUACGCCUCGCCACCGAUCGGUUCGCUGCGCUUCAUGCCGCCGGUUAGCGGCGCCCUUUGGCACGGGGUCAAAGUUGCCGACAAAUUCGGACCCGUUUGUCCGCAAAAACUACCCGAACUAAGUGAAAAAAUACCCAAGGGACGUUUAGAGUACCUCAGAAGGCUACUGCCCUACCUUCAAAAUCAGAGCGAGGACUGCCUCUACCUCAAUAUUUACGCUCCGGUUCAAGCGGGUUCGAGGGACGCCGGAGGUAGGAGAUAUCCGGUGAUUGUAUUCGUCCACGGGGAAAGCUACGAAUGGAGCAGCGGGAACCCAUACGACGGUAGCGUACUGGCCAGUUACGGCGGGGUCGUCGUCGUCACCAUAAACUACAGGCUUGGGAUUUUAGGAUUUCUCAACGCCAACACAGAUGCCCACCUUAGAUCGCCGGCGAAUUAUGGACUUAUGGACCAAAUCGCAGCGCUUCAUUGGAUCCAGGAAAAUAUCGCAUAUUUCGGCGGUGAUCCUGAAAACGUAACUCUUGUUGGUCACGGGACGGGAGCUGCCUGCGUCAACUUUUUGAUGACGAGUCCCGCGGUCCCCGAUGGGCAACUGUUUCAUCGAGGUAUUCUCAUGUCCGGAAGUGCUUUGUCCCCGUGGGCUCUAAUCAGAGGGGCCGCAGGGUACGCGAUGCAAGUCGCCAGACAUCUCAACUGUUCGGCGGCGGCUGGCGAACCCCAAGAUUUAUUGAAAUGUCUGCGAUACGUUCCGCUGAACGCCCUCCUAUCGGCACCGGUUCAAGGACUCGCGUUCGCUCCUGCCUUCGGCCCAACUAUUGACGGCGUCGUGAUCGAUCCUGGUGAUCCCGAUGACCAGGAUUUCACCCUACAAGUCGACACAAUAAACACCCUGAACAAUAUUCUACUGCGGAAAGACGUCGUGGCAAAAUUGUCCAGGUACGAUUUGAUGGUUGGAGUCGUCAGAUCGGAAGCUUAUUUUUCCCUGACCGCUGAAAACGCACAGUACGGUAUCGAAGCGGACAGAAGAACAGAAAUAUUGAGGGAAUUCGUACGGAAUACUUACACUUAUCAUCAGCCAGAAAUUUUGGCGACCAUUAUAAACGAGUACACCGAUUGGGAGCGACCGGUUCAACAUCCUGUGAAUAUAAGAGACGAGACCGUAGAAGCUUUGGGGGAUGCGAACACGGUAGCGCCGGCAACGAGAACGGCAGAUCUUCACAGCCAAUCGCACCGUAAUUCGUAUCUCUACGUAUUUGACUACCAAACAAAAUUCGGCGACUACCCUCAAAGACAAGGCUGCAUCCACGGAGAAGAACUACCCUACGUCUUCGGCGCUCCGCUCGUCGGAGGUCUCGCUCACUGGCCGAGAAAUUGGACAAGGGGGGAACUGACACUUUCAGAAAGCGUCAUUCUAUAUUUCACGAAUUUCGCACGAACCGGAAACCCCAACGAAGGGACACCGGAACCUGGAUCCUCUGGGUCGAGACCGGAGCGCACGAAAUUGAAAAAUAUCGAAUGGACCGCCUACGAAGCUGUCCAUAAAAAAUACCUCAGUAUCGAGAUAAAAUCAAAGCUGAAAAACCACUACAGAGCUCACAGACUGUCUUUUUGGUUGAACCUGGUUCCUGAUCUGCACAAACCGGGAUCGGACGACGUGCCUCGUUCUCAUCAUCUACUCGAUGCGGAACAGGUGCCCCCUCGGAUAAUCCAGCGAUUACCAACAACGGUUAGACCGACAACGCAGGAAGUGACGACGGAGAAGCCGCACAAUUCAUCGACCACUAGUCCCAGCGAGCUAGCUUUCGAAGAAACCACAUCCCAGCCCGAAGACGGUUUCGCUGCGUAUUCGACAGCAUUGAGUGUGACGAUAGCGAUCGGUUGUAGUCUCCUAAUUCUGAACGUUUUAAUCUUCGCCGGUGUUUACUACAAACGUGAUAAAAAUCAGCACAAUUGUCCAAAGAAACGUCAGGAGAACGGUCAAAUGCCGAAUAAUAUUUGCGGUGAGCUCGAAACUAAAACCGAACGACAUCACAUUCAGCACAUACCUCCCCCGGAGUUCGCCGACCUUCAAAAUAACUCGUGUCACGUACCGAUGCCGCCACCGCCGCCUAAAAACACAAAACCCGGUAAACAAGGACCAAAUUUAAUAAUUAGUCCGAAUCAAUUGCAACAAGAAAGUAUGGCCAUGGUAGGGAGUGGCGGAACGCUCAAAAAAGGUCACAAUCACCAACAGAUCAUGGAAGAAUUGAGGGUCUGACUUUAGGAGGAGGGAGAGUGCGAGGCGGCCAGGGUUAGGCGACGAAAAGAGAAUUAUUUUUUUGAUCCAAAAUGAAAUUUAUGUGAGAACACUUGUGAGAUUUUUGAGUCCGUUUUUCAGGGAACGGGACAUUAACCAGGAUAGGAAAGGAGUUUAUCCCGUCCGCUGUGAGAUUUGCUUUUUCUUCAAUGUCCUUCCUUGUUUCUGAGCAGUGAAAGAAAAGAUGAAAUAAAAUAACGACGCCUAACUCCAUUCUGUCCACAAAACGUCCUUCCAAAUCUAAUAAAAAUACGUAUUUUUCCUCGACGAUAUAAAACGAUGAAAACCAACAAAAAAAAAAACUCUUUUCGAAAAAUUGAAAAUAAUGAAGAACUAUACAUAUAAUUUUGAUUGAUAUGAAUAAAAUUAAUCGCAACUUUACGAUUGCAGUUGAUACGUUUUGCUCGCCCUCUGCCAAAAUUCACUUUGAAGUAAGGACUCGCAAUGCGUGGUACGUGGUCAUUUUCGUCGUGUCCCGAACUGAGUAUUUUAUCAUAUUGCAAUAAUGAUUACCGGAUUUUUAGAGUAUAGUGAGUUUGUUUUUCACAAUUUUUCAAAUAAUCACAUAAAACGAGUGCAAUAUAUAUCGCAAUUCUAAUGAUCACUGAUUGAUUAAUCAUCGAUACGUCAAGGACACGACGUUGAUCGUUACUAAUUUGAUAUCGACACAAUUUAUGGCAGUCGGAUUUUUCGUAUUGAUCUGUGAUAAUACAUAAAAUAAAAUAAAAUAAAAUAAAAGGAUAAAAUAAAAUGAAGAUAAAAUAACUAAAACGAGGACUGACUUGAUUAGUGAAAAUGUUCACGUAUUUCAUUCUGUUUUACUCUUUUUUAUAGGAAAAGAAAAACAAAUUGGUUCUGAACAUUUUUCCGCGAUCAUAUUCUGUGUUUCAAAAAUUUUACAGACAAUGAAAUAGCAUUUUUUUCUUCUUUCUUUCGAAAAAAAAAAAAAUCGAUAAAUAUCUUUCCAACUACUGCCAAAUAUAUAAAUUCGAUUAUAAACAAAUGUAUAUGUAUAUUAUACUGUCCACAUGGCGUGUGACUUCAAUUACGUCUAUUUCUAUUAUUAUACAAAUAAUUAUGAGAAGAAUAAAAGUUCAUUAGCUAGACGGUCGAUUCACCAACAUUUUUAUAAUAUCAAUUGAAUGUAUAUGAAUGAGAGGAGAAAAAAAAAAAGAAAAAAUAAUCAUUCUAUAUUAUUAAUUAACAUGGAUUAUUUGUAUAAUUAUAAAUCGCUGUACUAACUAUUUUCAUUAAAAAUAGUUGUGGGCAUAAUAAAAUACUAUGUAUAAUAUAAAUUCAACAUACUUAUUAGUCGUUAUUCGAAAUGAAUAAACGAACUAAAAAUCUUGGAACGUUGCGAUGAAAAAAGACUAAAACCAAAAACGAAACUUCCUGAGUGGACGCAAAAUGAAGAAAAAAGAUAUCCGAGUGUAAAUUGCAAUGACGAACAUUAAUCAAGUACGAGAUACCGAAUCGGUUUUAAUGAGCGCCUAGUGAAUUAACAUAUACAUAUAUACAUGUAUAGUUCUAUUACGUACGUAAAAUAAUAUUAAUAGUAAAAAAAUAAUAAUAACAUAUUGCGCGAUGCGAGAAACAAAAAAAAAAAAUAAGUGAAAAAUUAAAAGUUAUAAUUGUUACCAACAUGAUUUUAAUCAGAACUGUUGAUAUAGUGACAUUGUAGAUUGACGAUGAAAAAAAUUUUUAAUAAUGAAAAAGGGAGAUGAAAUAAAAUCGAAGAAGAAAAAAGUUAUGUAAAUAUAAUUGCCACUGGAAAAAGAUAAAAAUUAUAUGUAACGAGAUUUGUGAAAUAUGUGAGAGAGAUGUAGAAAUUGACAGAUAUGAUGUAUAGAUCGAUGUUGUCGAUCUGUAUUCUCGGGUAGUAAAAUCAGUAGGGAUAAGAAAAACAGAGAAUGGGAGUGUUUCGAAGAGCAACGGGGUCCGCCAUUAUUGGCAGUCCCUUUCAUGUGUUGUGCUCUACUUCGAGAACUACGCAUUCGAUGGAUUGUUAUUUGAAAACCAAAAAUUGAAUAAACGAUAGGCGUAAAUAUUGUAAUACAUAUAUAUUUAAUGAGUAUGAACUUGAGAGAAAAAAAAAAAAACAAGAAAAAAAAACAUUGUAAAUAACUGAUAUCGUAAUAAAAGUAUAUUAUAUUAUUAUUAUUAUCAAUGGUGAAAUGAAACAAGCAAAAUAAUAAUAAUAAUAAUGAUAAAUAAAUAAAUAAAUAAAUGAUCUGAAAUAAAUUAAAUAAGAAAUUUGAAAUGUUAAUUUUGGAAUAUUAAUUAUGUAUAUUAUAUUAUGAAUCACCUGCAGAAAUCAAACAGCUCAUCUGUAUGGGAGAAUAUAAUAAUAAUAAAAUAUAUCCGAUUAUUAUAUA